CAUUGAAAUGUGUGAUGUGUCAGCGGUUCAAUGCAGUGACAUCAAUGUUGAACAGUGGUCCUUAGAAAACAUUCCAGUAGAGAUUUUUCUUCACAUAUGUUCAUAUUUGGAUGCAAGAUUCAUUAGUCGUUCUUUAAGCUUGGUAUGUAAACGCUUCCAUGAAAUACUUUCUGACAUAACAGUAUGGAGAUCACGCAUUACGAAGAGGUGGGGUAAUGAAUAUCCUCCAGUUCCCGUGGAUACAGAUGCCUUUGACUGGAGACUAGCCUGUGUGUGUAUUGAAGAUCAGUAUGAAUUUUGGAAUAAGAAAGAUGUUCAAAUGAAGCCAAUAUUAACAAGUGACAUCCAUCAGGGAGCUGUGAAUGCUGUACAUUUAAUGAAUUCUGGCUUGCUGUGUGUGUCUGGAUCAAAAGACCGUAGCAUUGUACUGUGGGAUCUGUCUAAUGUGGUGAAUGGUGACACAGAAGUUCCAUAUCAAAUAUCAUCAGAUGUCCACAAAGGUUGGGUCACGAAGUUAGCCUCUUGUGGUGAAACUCUGUACUCAUGCUCUUUUGAUACAACCGUAAGGUCAUGGCAGCUCACUACCAGUCUUCAACGAAUGUCUGCAUUUCAAUGUCGGACACCCGUCCUCUCACUAGACUGUACAACCAAUCUGGUGGCAGCUGGAACACUAGCGAGGGAUGUGAUGCUCUUUGAUACCAGGGUUGGACAAUCUGAGGUCAGCCUGUACAGAGCUCACCGGGGUGGUGUGUUAGCCCUGUCCAUGUUUGGCAACUUAAUUGUGUCUGCCAGUGAGGAUCGUACGUUAACCGUGUGGGAUCGAAGGGCAGAAAAAGUUAUGAAGCAACUAAUCCUGUAUGAUGUUCCCUUGUGCAUGUCAUUCAGCAACAACCUUAUUUAUGUCGGUGACUCGAAGGGAAAUUUACAUCUCAUAAAUCCAGCUCAAGGGCAUUUCAAUAUUGUUGAUUCAUACAAAGUUGGGCACAGAGCACGCCUGACAUGCGUGCAGCAUGGAAUGGGCAGCAUCCUCACAAGUUCAACUGAUGGAACGGUUCGAAUAUCCACACCAACUCAGAGACCAGAAACAAUUACUGUCAUUAGUUCUCAGGUUUGGCAAGUAACAGAGUUUGACUAUAAGAACGAUAUUCUAGUGGUUGGAGGCUAUCAUACUGCAUUGGAGGUUUGGCUGCCAUGUGGAGAAUAA